UGACUGCCAUCACUGCUUUACCUUUUGGGACCUUGUGCCGCGCUCCUACAUUAAAAGGUUCAAACCUAGUAAUGAAGACACAAUUUCUGCAGUGAGGAGCUGGAUGUUGACUUCAUAAAACUUACUGAUGGAGAAAGUAGUAACACCUGAGAAAAAUGAGUGCCGAAGAAAAAACUUCUGUGUACUUCAGCUGUGGCUUCUACAAAGUGACUCUGAGCAACCCUGUGGAAAAAGUGGCCUAUCUUAUAAUAUUCCAUAUUCUCUUUGUGCUCUUUGUGUGGACAUAUUGGAAGUCUAUUUUUACUCUCCCGGUGCAGCCAGGCAAAAAGUACCAUAUGUCCUAUGCUGACAAAGAACGCUAUGAAAACGAAGAAAGGCCGGAGGUGCAGAGGCAAAUUCUCGCCGAAAUUGCAAGGAAGUUGCCGGUGUACACAAGAACGGGGAAUGGAGGUAUUCGAUUCUGUGAUAGAUGCCAGCUAAUAAAACCUGAUCGUUGUCACCACUGUUCCGUUUGUGCUAUAUGCGUGCUAAAAAUGGAUCAUCACUGUCCGUGGGUGAAUAACUGCAUUGGAUUUUCUAACUACAAAUUCUUUCUACUGUUCUUAGCCUAUUCUUUGUUGUAUUGCUUGUAUAUUGCUGCAACAGUCUUCAAGUAUUUCAUUAAGUAUUGGACAGGUGAACUGACGAAUGGACGUUCCAAAUUUCACGUCCUUUUCCUUCUCUUUGUGGCGGUCAUGUUCUUCGUAAGCCUUAUGUUUCUGUUUGGCUACCAUUGUUGGCUCGUUAGUAGAAACAGAUCUACUUUAGAGGCUUUCUCAGCUCCAGUGUUUCAAAAUGGCCCAGAUAAAAAUGGAUUCAAUCUUGGCUUUGUAAAGAAUCUUCAGCAAGUGUUUGGAGAAGAAAAAAAGCUCUGGUUACUACCUAUUGCCUCUAGCCAAGGCGAUGGACAUUUUUUCCCAAUGAGAGCUUUGUGUGAAGCUCAGAAUCCUCUCCUAGCAAAUGAAGAGCAGUGGGAAGAUGAUGGAAUAGAUGAAGAGCCUCAUGAUUCUGGUGAAGCUUCAUCCCUUGCCAUAGAAAGGGAGACAUAGCAGUUUGAAAAUGCAGCAGUAUAAAGCUUGUUCAGAAAGCUUCCCUCUCAGGAGUCAACAUCCCUUCUCUUGGCAUGGACUUCAGUUUUGAGGGGCAGAAAACAAGUGGAUCUUCAAGAUGAGAAAACAUCAUGAAGUAUCGUCUGAUUGGAAUCUGCAUUCUAGAGUGCUUCUCCAGAAAUCCUGCUGUCCAGAAGUUUCAAGGCUUUAUAAGUUUAAGUUACGGAGUGAACAGAACAGUUUUAUAGAGUGAUUCUGGCCAAUCUUCUUUGGCCUGCUCUCUUUAUUUUAUAAAUAAUAUAUAUUUUUUAUUCAAAAUAGGUGAAAAUAUUGAUGCGAGUGCAUUUCCAAAGGCCUUUUCAUUUUGCAAACAUCAGGGACUCAAGUUCUUGAAAUUCUUCCAAGCCAUAAUAUUCUUGGGGAUGGUAUUUAUUUUGAGACUGAUUCUCUCCAACCUCCUCUGACAGUGGCAUUUUCUAACAUGUUUAAGGUUCUGUCUGAGUCAGUUCAACUCAGUGAGAGACAGACCCACUUAAAUUUGGCACUAAAUUGAUAGUUGGAUGUGAGUGUGUUGAAAGACAAAGUGCUGAACAUGCGUAUAUACAUGUGCAGCUGUGUAUGAAAAUAAAAUAUUCACAUUGCCAGUAUCAAGAUUCAAGAAUAUUGUGGCCAUAGAUUUUUUUUUUUAACAUUUUUUUUUAGGAGUGUGUAAUUGUCUUAGAGUUUUAGUGCCCUCUAAGCCCAGUCCUACUUGCAGGCACCUAAAUUGCAAAAGAGAACUUUAGACAGUACAGUUUGCAUUAAUUCCUAGGGCUAAAGUAUCAGCUCAUUCCUGGAUCAGUGUUUGAUGGAAAUUUGUGUGUUUAUGGAGUCAGAAGGGAAGACGUAAAUGCGAAACACAGGAGUUGGAAAUGUGCACUGAAAGUUUAGCUCCAACAGUCGUGUUUGGAGUUGACGCUCCACAAAGGUGGUUUUAGUCCCAUCAUGCUGAAGAGACAAUUGAUGUAUUGAAUUUUUUCAGACUUCUUCCUAAGUAAACGUAUCGACUGGUGCUUUAAAGGUUUUUCAGCACUGAGAGGUGAUCCGAUUUUUUCUUCAUUUUGCUCCAUUUGCAGUCAAAGGAACGUAUCACUGUUUUUAUUCUGUGGAAUGGAACUGAGGAUUUGCUGGCAGGAUUAUAUGCAUUUUUCUAGACCUGAGUCUUUUUUUUAUCUGCAUGAUUCAGACCUGGCAACUCCAUCACUCAUGUUUGAAUUAGGUGCAUGCUUAAAGUAUUAGUAUACUGCCUUUAAGAUCAUCUGUUACCAUUUUCUAUCCCAUUUUUGUGUUUGUUUAUCAGCCCGUUUGUGUUGACAGUGACUACAGAAGCAGUUGUGCAUGCCAUGAGAAAUUACCUGAUAAGUAUCUGUUUGGUGACAAAGGCCUUGCCUACAUGCUAAAUCCUUUUUUCCUCUGUUUACUCUGCCGCUGCUACCCGUGGAAACGUGUUCGUGAGACAGAAGAGAGCCUUGCAGAGAUUUUCUGUCCGUAAGAGCAGACGUUUAACUACCUGGUAUAAACCGUGCCCUGCGGACAGAUAUUUUAUACAUCGGGCUCCGUAGUUUGGUGUAGAGCAGGCAGCGACCUCUGCAGAAUGUCUUAUUGCUGAAGUCUAGUUGUUAGGAGU